AUGUACACAUGGAUAUCUUGCCGGAACAGGUCCAGUCUGUCUAUUCCGUCCACUGCGCAAGCAGAACACCGUCAAUUUCGCGUCCAGAUAGCUACCUUCGUUCGCAUCCUUCACCUCGCCCAUCCACCAGCCGUCAGAACGCCUUGUGCCUUCGUUCGAAAAUCUUCACCAUCCAGUCAAGGGAUCUCCACCACGACCAACAAAUCUCAGCACCUCUCAUCGCCCCAUAGCCCUCAGCCGACCGCUCGCUCUGCCCCCCACAAAUCCCAACAGAAACAGGACGACCAGGACGACGACAGCGAGUCGAUAUCGUCUCAGCACCUCAGAAAACGGGACAAGGUUCGCAAUUUUCGAUUUAGCGAUUCCAAGGACAAGGACAAGGACAAGCACCGGGCUAUUGGGGUGUUGCCAAAGACCAGCAGUCGACCUGUCAGCAUUGCUCCCAGAGUCGAUGUCGACAAUGCGGUGGCCAGUCUCAAAGUCAACACUCCCGAUUCGACAACCCAAUUCUCAACCGCGUCGACUACGGCUCGUAUGGAUGUGUUUCCUCAGAACGUGAGCGCACUUGCAAUCAAGAUCACUUUGCCCAAGCCGAACGAGAGGAUCGAUAAUACUUCUCAAUUAGCAUUAUGCUGCAGCAUUCUCCUGGAAUACCUGGCAUCCUCUUUGCCAAGCAGCGAUAAUAUACGCAGGAUUCAGGAUUUCGCCACCGAUGAUGGUUUAUGGCUGAGUGCCCUUAUGUGCCCCGAAAAUCAUUUUCCUGGAGGUCAAGUAGGUUAA